UGGUCUUAGCAAGUACCCUCCUGGGCUCUCCUCAUUCACACUGGAAACUUGAACUUGUUGAUGAUAAUAACGCUGCAUGACUUAGAGAGAACUUCAGGACAAGCUUGAACGCAAAUAUGAUCGUGAAACGUGAUGUUAAAAAUGAAGUAUCGCAGACUAUGAAAUCCGGAGAGUGAGGAGUUGUGACGAGGCAAGUUCAGGUUGGUGGGGUCGGCAGAGCCUGACAAGAAGUACCAGUGGCGGAGAAAGGUACCAGCUGUUCCCAAUCCGCACUAGGUCAACAUGCCUCCAACAUGCCCUGCCGGCUUUGCCCUGCCCUGCCCGGUACUCCUCCUCUCCCACUGCAGCGUGUUUACCGGCGCGUUAUGUGGUGUCUCUUCUGGCCUUCAUGGGAGUAAUGUUCAACUACAUCCUACGUGUAAACAUCAACUUCGCCCUGGUAGCCAUGGUGAGCCACGGGAACAUGACGGCCGCCGGUGGCCCUCCCCUCAACGCCACCUUCAACGCCAGUGUCUCCUACGAGGAAGUCCAGGAGGGUUCUACACCACAAUAUAAUGACUUCUGCCCAGCUCCAGACGCUAACGCCACACCACACACCUCCUACAAUGGAGACCUGCCGUGGGACGAGUGGACGCAGGGGUUGGUGGCUGGAGCCUUCUACUACGGCAACAUUUUGUCUCAAGUGCCCGGAGGUCGCCUUGCGGAGGUGUGGGGUCCCAGUAGGGUAGUGGGAGGGUCUCUGUUCUCCGCUGGUCUCCUGACCCUCCUUCAGCCUCUUGCCGCCCGCACCUCCUACAUCGUACUCAUCCUCCUCAGGGUCCUGGUGGGCCUCGCUCUUGGUGUGACGUCACCCGCUAACCACGCCCUGCUCUCCGGCUGGGCGCCCAAGAUGGAACGGUCGACAAUGGCCGCCAUCAUCUACGCAGGAGCACCAGCAGGCACACUCGUUGCGUUCCCGGUGUCUGCGUAUAUUAUCGAGAAGCUGGGGUGGGAGGCUGUUUUCUACCUGCAGGGGGCGCUGGCGUUGGUCUGGUGCCUCGCCUGGUUCCUGGUGGUCACAGACACACCUGCCAACUACCGCUGGAUUUCUAAACACGAGCAUCACUACAUUACUUCCUCCAUCGGCGAGACUAAGAGCAAGGCGGCGCUGCCGGUGCCCUGGCGGUCAGUACUGACGUCAUUACCGGUGUGGUCGAUGGUGGUGGGUGUACUGGGCAACAACUGGGGGUUCUACACUCUCCUCUCCGCCGUCCCCCUCUACAUCAAGACCAUCCUCCACCAGGACAUCAAAUCGAACGCCACCUUGUCCGGGCUGCCUUACCUUGGUAUGUGGAUGCUGUCGCUGGGGACUGGGGUAGUGGGUGACUUUUUCCAGCUCCGGUGUGGGACCUCUAUCGUCAGCGUCAGGAAGAUCUCACAUAUUAUAGCUAACGUGGGUCCUGCCAUGUGCUUGGUGGGGCUCAUGUGGGUGGGAUGUGACUGGUUGGCGACAGUAACGCUGCUGGUGGCAGGUGUCACCGCUCAAGGCGCCUUAUACGCUGGCCCUUACAUCAACCCCAUCGACCUCUCACCCAACUUCGCCGGGACGCUGUGUGGUAUCUCGAACACCAUUGGUAACAUCCCGGGCUUCCUCGCUCCUAUGUUCAAUGGUUACCUUCUUAAUAAUCAGCAAACUCUGCCACAGUGGAGAAAGGUGUUCAUCAUAGCCGUCGUCUUCUACUUACUCAACACCAUCUUCUACCUUAUCUUCGCCUCGGGAGAAGUACAGCCUUGGAACAGCCCGCGGCCUCACGACCCUGAGAGUGUGGACGCCCAAGAGAGCCAACACAGCAACAAGGCGACCACCACCACCACCACCACCAGUAGCCAGGAGAGAUACACCACACAACGCGAGAAUAUUGAUCAUCACUCAGGAUCAGACAAAACAAAUGAGGAAAAUAAUGACCAUCGAGAAGGAAACUGUAUUUACCGUAAGGGAAUUAAACAAACAAGAAGCAGCGCCAGCGAGGGAAGUGAAAAUAACAGUCACCGUGAUGGAGACACGAUCAGUUGCUGUGUUGACCAGAGCGAGGAGGAGGACGCGGCGAGUGUCCAGGUGUCUCAUGGGCGGUUAACCUGGGACACUGAAGACCAAGGUCACGUCAAUCUCGCUUACUCCAAUAGAGAAUAAAUUAUUUCGUGAAUUUAAACUCAUUUUAUAUUAAAUCCUUAUACUGGUUAGCUGUGGACUAGGGUAGACCAGCGUUCCAUUCUAUUUACAAAUUACAACUGCGACCUUACAUACAUAAACGCAGUGUUACAAAGAUUUGUCAUAAGGUAUUUCUCUGUCUACGGGGCUUGAGUAUCAGUAUUGCCAAUUAUUUAUUUUCCAUUGUUGUUCUUGUUGUCAGUCUAUGAGCGAGUUAUUUGUUAUCAUGUUGUUGUUUUUUUGCAAUUGUGCGUGCGUCCAUUGAGUUUUUAGUUUCUCAGAUAGACUCCAAUUAAUUAGUGGAAAACUUUACACCAGCAGCCUACAUCUCCUGGAUAAUACUCAACAUGUUUUUGAAUUACGGGAAAAUAAACACUGGAUAAAAAUUAGA